AUGAUGUUGGAUAUCAACAACAUGCGGAAGGACUGGAAAUCGGCUUCCACAAGACGAGUUGAAGCUGUGCAGCGAGCCCGUAUUUCACAGAAUCGCCAGCCAGAACCAGUACGGCGUUUCCCCGGCGAUGUGCGGCCUGUCAGCAUUCCGUCCGACAGCCCAGUGGCGAUGUUCGCCCAGAGCUCCAACACCGGAAAGACACGAAGGAAAGACGACUUACCGGCGGCUGCGGACACUCGGGCAGAGCGCAGAGGCUAUGACGCGGUCAAGAAGCAGAAAGAAGUUGCUCCAUUGCUUAUGAAGAACACGUUUUUGGCCCUUGAUCAGUCAAAACUGCCACUCGAGAUCUUUAAUGGUGUCGAGGACACCGAUGCGAACGGUGUCCAGACUUCCUGGCUUGAGUCUGGAAGUGGUGCAAUGGCCCCGUUCUAUGUAGGAGAUGAGUGGCAGUGGAGGCGCUGCUCCGUCCUGUCAUACGAUUCAACCACCAAUAAGUAUCGAGUGAAGUUCACCCCCAAUGGGCUCGAAAAGGAGGUGAAACGUUUCAAUCUGCUUUUCGACGCUGAAAACAGAGGCGCGUGGCAAUCCUGCCGUGAGACCGCGAAAGCCUCGCGGGACGAUGCGAAGAAGCGCCUUCGCUUUGACUAUUUUGUGUCGCAACAACCAAUGGAGGAAGUCCGAGCAAUUCAGGGCUCAACAAUACGAGGCAUUCAUGAAAAAGUCGCUGAUGGUUUGCCAUUGGAUGUAGCGUUUCCGCAGCAAGGAACACAAUUGGGCAACCUACUCCGCGGCUUAACAAAAGAAGUUAUCCAACAGCACACAAGAUCAAUGAAGAAGAGCAUCCUGUUCUACAAGUUGGAGCACUCGAAGGUUGAAAAAGAACGCUUCUCUAGUCUCGGACUACCCCCGGUACCUGAAGCGAGCCCUAUACCCUGGUCAGCAAAGAUCAGCAUCCCAGGGCACCGGUACGUUGACAGGCGAAAGGCGAUGGGCAACAUCCACUACAGCAGCUUGCCCGAGGAAUCGCUGCUGGCAUGGCGACGGUUUGUGGGAAAGCACACUCCUGACUCGGUGGAGGUGAACACUGAAGCUGCCGGAAGCGUGCCGCUGUUCGAUGUCCAGCUCAAGGUCGUUACCGAAGGCGGGGGUAACUACGGCGUGUCAAUCGUGCCUGGCCGCCCGGAAAUCGAGAGCGCCCUCAUACAAAUCGUGGAUGAUGUGGUCACAGCGAUCAAGGGUUUGGCCACCAUCGAUGCGGACCUCAUGUCCCUUUUGCAUCUUAGCCCUCGACCAAUUUUCAACAUCGGGGCCAACGACGGCACAUACGUGGAAGAAGAAUCGGCACUGGACGAGACAAAGCGCUACACCCGAGAACGGGUAGCUCGAGGAAUGGAAGGUGCCGUGCAACUAGCAGCGAAGUACGGCAAGUACUGCCACCUGAUGGCUAUCGACACCGAAGAGUUCGUGUACUCGUUCACGGAGGCAACACCAGCCCCUACCGAUGAGGAGUACUUCGCCAAAGUCCGCGAGCUCCACGACGCGUCCGUGGCAAUCGGGAGCUGCUCGCUGACGUGUGAGCUGUUCAAACUCGUUCGCGUGGAUACCUCUGAGGCGACAAAGGUACUGAUGGAAAAAGCCCUGGAGGUGAGGGAUGCUUUGCUCGAAUCCCUCGUGUCGAAAGCGCGGGAGCAAAACAACGAUAUAAUAUCUCGCUAUAAUGCAAUCCUGUCAAGAAUCGCGGAGAAACCUGCCAACGAGGCGGACCUGGCUGCGCUUCGCGCGUUCAUUGCGGAUUCUAAAGAGACGGUAUCCUCUCUGAUUCUGGAGGUCCAGAGAGUACACGCCCGCCUCGGAACAUUGGGCGACUUCAACUACCGCAUGUCGGAAGAGGACAUUCGCCUCUCCUGGAAAACGAUGGACUACCCUACGAUGGUCGAUCUUGCCGCAAACAAAGCCGAGGAGGCUUUGGAGCUCGACAAGGAAACAACCACCGACUACGUGAACAGCAUCCAGGACGCCAUCAACGACGCCAAGGCUAAGGCUGAGGAUUUUAAUUCGCGAGAAAAGGCCCUGGCUAGUCCGGCAUUGAAAUCGCGACACUGGGAGACUUUGAGCGAGAAGACCGGAAGCACCAUCGAGCCUGACGAGGAGUUGACGUUGCAGCAGCUGGUAGACACAAACGUUGGGCAGCACAUCGAGACAAUCCACGAGGUAUGCGUCGCUGCGGAGAAGGAGUACGGGUUGGAGAAGGCACUGGCAGCUAUGAAGGAGGAGUGGGCGAGCUUGGAGUUCGAGGUGCGACCGUACAAGGAGACGGGGACCUUCCUCGUGUCUGGCGUCGACGAGAUUGUCACGCUCCUCGACGACCACAUCGUCAAGACCCAGACCAUGCGAGGAUCUCCGUACAUCCUACCCAUUGAAGCUGAAUGCAAGGUGAGACAAGCUCUUAGCGUGAACUUCAAUUGUACAAGGUACGAAUACUACUCGUUGUUGUUCCCUCAACAGGUACUGAAAAAAGGAAAUUUAACAGCUUAUACCAACGAGACCUGUCCUCAUGGUCCGUGCCCACACACACGCUGGCGGCUGGAGCAGGCAUGGGAGUUUCGCCUGAAGUAUGCCCAAGGUCUGGUGGACGAGUGGAUCAGCUGCCAAAGGACUUGGUUGUACCUAGAGCCGAUUUUUUCAUCGGAGGACAUCAUGCGACAACUUCCCACCGAGGCCCGAAGGUUCAACAGCGUCGACCAGUUGUGGAAAAAGACCAUGGAAGAAACGAACAAGGACCCCAACUUCAUGGCCCAGGCUGACGUCGACAAGAAAUUGGAAGAGAAGUUCAAGGCGGCCAACCAGAAGCUAGAAGAAAUCCAAAAGGGAUUGAGCGACUACCUGGAGAUGAAGCGAUUGUACUUUCCAAGGUUUUUCUUCUUGUCGAAUGACGAGUUGCUAGAAAUCCUAUCACAGACGAAGGAACCGCGCGCUGUCCAGCCACACUUGAACAAGGCCUUUGAGGGAAUCGCCAAAUGCAAAUUCGAGGAGGAUCUGAAGAUCACAGAGAUGGUGUCCGCUGAAGGGGAGACAGUCGUGCUGGACAGUGCGGUGGACCCGGAAAGUGCGACCAACAAGGGGAAUGUUGAGCGGUGGCUCUUGGAACUGGAGGCCAUGCAAUGGCAGUCGGUCAGAACACAGGUCACCUUGUCGCUUAACGAGUACCCCACAAUUCCACGAGAGGAGUGGAUCCUCAACUGGCCGGCGCAAGCGGUUCUUGGGGUCAGCCAGGUGUUCUGGACCCAGGAUGUAGCGACAUCAAUCAAAAACGGCGGAGUGAAGGGACUCGAAGAACUAGUUCAAUCGCUCAACCAACAGCUGCGCAGCAUCACUGUGCUCGUGCGAGGGCGUCUUUCGAGCUUGGAGAGGAAAACUUUGGGAGCACUGUGCACCAUCGAUGUCCACGCUAGAGACACGGUCGUUAAAAUGAUCGAAGCCGGAGUGUCACACGAGGAUGACUUCGACUGGAUGAGCCAGCUUCGGUACUACUGGGUGGAAGCGUGGAAAGACGGCCAAGCCGUCAAGAAAGGGGACAGCACUCUCGUGGCUCGCAUCGUGAACGCCAAGUGCUUGUACGGGUAUGAGUACUUGGGCAACACGAUGCGUCUUGUCAUCACGCCUCUGACAGAUCGAUGCUACCGAACAAUGAUCGGUGCCAUCGACUUGCUUUACGGGGGAGCUCCUGAGGGCCCGGCUGGAACUGGAAAGACCGAAACUGUGAAGGACUUGUCGAAAGCAGUUGCCAUUCAGUGUGUUGUGUUCAACUGCUCUGACGGAUUGGACUACCUGGCUAUGGCCAAGUUCUUCAAGGGCUUGGCUGGCUGCGGCUCUUGGUGCUGCUUCGACGAGUUUAACCGCAUCAACAUAGAGGUUCUUAGUGUAAUCGCGCAACAGAUCUUGACCAUCAAUAAGGCGAAGAAGGCAGGCGUGGAGAAGUUCCACUUCGAAGGAACCUUCAUGAAGAUCAACAGUAACGCCAACGCUUUCAUUACCAUGAACCCUGGGUACGCCGGCCGAGCGGAGCUCCCAGACAACCUCAAGGCCUUAUUUCGGCCCUGCGCCAUGAUGGUUCCCGACUACUCUCUGAUCUCGGAGAUUCGGCUCUACUCCUUCGGCUUUGAAGACGCGCGAGAGAACGCGCAGAAGCUAGUUCGGGUUCUCCAGCUGUGCUCUGAACAACUCUCGAGCCAAAAGCACUACGACUACGGGAUGCGCGCAGUCAACUCCAUCCUGGUGGCCGCCGGAAAUCUCCGCCAGCAACUAGGUGAUGACCCUAGCUGGACCGAAGCCCGACUCGUGCUCAGGUCUGUCAACGACAUCAACCUUCCCAAGUUUACCGUCGAAGACUUGCCGCUGUUCAAGGGGAUCACGAGCGACCUGUUCCCUGGUGUGGAACUCGGCGAGUCAGAUCAUGGACCUCUCCUGCAGGGUAUCGAUUCCGUGUGCGAGGAGGGCAUCACCAUCUCUCCGGGACAACUUCUGAAGCUGAUGCCGAAGCCAUCAUGGAGGAAGAAGGUCAUCCAGCUCUACGAAAUGGUUCUUGUGCGGCACGGGGUUAUGAUCGUCGGUCAAACCGGCUCUGGAAAGACCACAACGGUCCAUACGCUUGCCCAAGCCAUGUCUCGGUGCUCAGAUGAGGGUUCUACGGACUUUGCUCGAGUCCAGGUGCACACAAUGAACCCCAAGUCGAUUUCCAGCGGGCAGCUGUACGGGAACUUCGACGACAGCACCCACGAGUGGAGCGAUGGAAUCUUGGCCGUGAUAUACCGUAACUGCUCAAAGGACCCAUCUCCCGAUCGUAAAUGGCUGAUGUUCGACGGGCCCGUGGAUGCUGUGUGGAUCGAGAAUAUGAACACUGUGUUGGAUGACAACAAAAAGCUCUGUCUUAUGAGUGGCGAGAUUGUCAAGAUGAGUGACUCCAUGACGAUGAUGUUCGAAGCUGAGGAUCUCGAACAGGCAUCUCCGGCGACCGUUAGUCGCGUCGGCAUGAUAUUCUGCGAGAUUCGGAACCUCGAUUGGCAGCCUUUGCGGGAUGUGUGGCUUCUCAGCCUACCUGUUACGUUUGAAGAGCACCGUCCACUCAUCGUGGGUCUCUUCGACUGGCUUUUCCCGGCUGCACUUUACUUCGUGCAAAAGCAAUGCGUGAUUCCUACGCCAGUCACGGGCCAGGAGCUCGCGGCGUCACUCAUUCGGCUUGUGGGUGUCCUGCUGGACUCGCCUGACGGCUUUGCGUCGGACAUGACCAAGGUUCUGGAGUGCAUCUUCGUUAAGGCCUUGAUCUGGUCUGUAGGAUCUUGCGUGGACAGGAAGGGCAGGCAGAUGUUCGGAGAGUAUCUCCGGAUGGUCAUGGAGGACAAGGGCCUGGAAGGAAGCGAAGCCCAUCAAGACUUCCUACUGAAGAACAGAUCGUGGGUCGCACGCGAUAGGCCCAUCGCUCUCCUUCCCCCAGAUGACGGCAGACUGCUCUACGAUUUCCGCUUUGACUCCAAGAAGGGGCAGUGGCAGCCGUGGCUCGAUGCGGCCGACAAGUUUGUCAUUCCUCGCGACGCGACCUUCAACAGCAUUGUGGUUCCGACGAUGGAUACAGUGCGGAACGAGUUUCUCAUUCACAGCUUGGUGGUCCAUGGUCAUCACGUGCUGUGCACGGGUGAUACCGGCACGGGAAAGUCGGUGACAGCGAAGAAGAAACUCCUGUUUGGCAUGGGGCCAAAGUUCAGCUCGAUCAUGCUGAAUUUUUCCGCACAGACCUCCGCGAACCAGUGGAUGGACCAUGGAGGAUGGUACGAUCGCAAGGAGAAUACGUUCCGCCAACUUGUCGACGUCCAGUUUGUCGCUGCGAUGGGCCCGCCGGGUGGAGGGCGCACGAGCAUCACCCAACGCUACGUACGUCAUUUCAAUCUCCUCAACUUCGUGCCAUUCAGCAACGAGUCGCUACAGCGGGUGUUCGGCACGAUAUUGGAAUGGUUCCUUCAGCGCGGGUUUACCUCUGCCGUCAAGCAGAUUGCUGCAAACAUGGUGACGGCUACGCUCGACAUCUACAACACAAUCGCCGACAACCUGCUGCCGACACCCGCUAAGAGUCACUACACUUUCAACUUGCGGGAUCUCUCCAAGGUGUUUCAGGGAGUGCUCCAGGGUAGCGCAAACCUUAUCUCCGAGAAAGAGCAGUUCGUCCGCCUGUGGAGCCACGAGUGUUUGCGUAUCUUCCAUGACCGGCUGGUGGAUGACAGCGACAGGGUUUGGUUCAACCACAUGCUAGAGGAGAAGGUGAAAGCGCACUUCGGGCUGGACUAUGAAAACCGGGUUCGGGGGAAGAAUGAGGUUCUUCUGUACGGAAACUUCAGCGAUCCGAAAGGUGGCAAGGUGAGGGGAGAGACUUUCGAGGGCAACGAGCUUUCGGACCAGCUUAUCUUUAUUAACACCUACUAGGCCGUUUGGACGUUUCAUGCGCAUAAAUCACCAAAUAGCUCGAAUGGGCCGAAAGACCCAGACACUAUCGUGUGCGGGUAUGGGCUGCAUCCAUGGUGAGAUGUAUGUAGCGAUAGGUCUGCUGAAAGGCACCACGACCACCGUAGGGAAAACAACCACCCUCAGUUGUUGCCACUUGGUGUUGUAAAAGCGGGAGGCCGUGAUGUCUACUAUUUCGCCUCAUGAAAAUUUAAUGUUCGUGCAACUGUACCAUGUUAAGGAGGACCCGAUUCGCAAGGUAUCCGUCGAUUGGCGUUUACCUGAAUCCCUGAAUCGGUACACCUUCGCAUAUGGCGUCAGCGGCAGGAUACUGGUUCGAAUUUCCUUGGGUGCACACUUUUUCUCCUGACUUGGACAUUUUCCCAUGGACACAAUGUGUUUCAGUCCUGAGAACACCUCUUCGAGUCGAUGCUACAAAGAACCUUGCGACACUUCCAUCGAAUUACCCAUACUGGCCACAAGAGGUUCCCAGUUGAGGGUAAAUUCUGU